UCUUUCUGAGCCACCGUACCUCAGCAGCGGUCUGUGUGUUUCUGUGCUGCGGAAAUGAAAAUAUUCCCCUGAAAUUCAUCACCAACAACCAGGAUAUUUAACUAAGAGCAGUGUUAAACUGCUGAAAGAGGUGAAGCAGAAGCCGUCCUGAAGAAUCUCCAGAACACACAGAAAUUGUUGCAUUUAACAGACAAAUGAAGCCAAGUCCCGACAUGGAGAAACAUCAGCACUCUGUCAAGAGUUUUACUAAACAGAGUCAUCUCAAAAAACACCAGCGCAUUCACACAGGAGAGAAACCGUAUCACUGCUCAGACUGUGGGAAGAGUUUUACUAAACAGAGUGAUCUCAAAAAACACCAGCGCAUUCACACAGGAGAGAAACUGUAUCACUGCUCAGACUGUGGGAAGAGUUUUACUGAACAGAGUACUCUCAAAAUCCACCAGCGCAUUCACACAGGAGAGAAACCGAAUCACUGCUCAGACUGUGGGAAGAGUUUUACUAAACAGAGUCAUCUCAAAAUACACCAGCGCAUUCACACAGGAGAGAAACCGUAUCACUGCUCAGACUGUGGGAAGAGAUUUACUCAACAGAGUGAUCUCAAAAUACACCAGCGCAUUCACUCAGGAGAGAAACCGUAUCACUGCUCAGACUGUGGCACAAGUUUUAAUCAACUGGGGACUCUCAAACUGCAUCAGCGCAUUCACACAGGAGAGAAACCGUAUCACUGCUCAGAGUGUGGGAAGUGUUUUACUCAACAGAGUCAUCUCAAAAAUCACCAGCGCAUUCACACAGGAGAGAAACCGUAUCACUGCUCAGACUGUGGGAAGAGUUUUAAGCAACAGAGUCAUUUCAAAAUACACCAGCGCAUUCACACAGGUGAGAAACCGUAUCACUGCUCAGACUGUGGGAAGAGUUUUACUGAAAAGGGUACUCUCAAAAAUCACCAGCGCAUUCACACAGGAGUGAGACCAUAUUACUGCUCAGAAUGUGGGAACAGUUUUACUCAGCAGAGUCAUCUCAAUAAACACCAGCGCAUUCACACAGGAGAGAAAACUGUCCCAAAUUUGUCUCACGGCAAUUAAAAUCUUUUGGACAGAACACCUUAAUCCUACAUGUUCCACCAGAAACAAACAUUAACUGAUUUUAACAAUGGAUUUUACAGGUUCAGCAAAAUGAAUCUUAUCCAGCAAUCACGUUUAUUGAAUUCCAUGUUGUGUUUUCUCGUAUGUUUGAUAUUUCAGGACAUUCUUUGUGAGACAGAGCUCAGUUUUUAGGGUAGUUACGGUAAGAGUUCAGUUCUGGAGAAGGGAAGGUCAUUCGAAUGAGGGCACUGUCAAGGAUUCAAGGAGAUUUUAUUGUCAUUCGCAUCACAUGUGAAUCAGAAACACUCAUCCUCAGCCGCAGCAGAUCAAGCUUGUUAUCCAAAGAGCGGAAGUUGGGUCAGAACUGACGUAAAAACAGCUCAAAAUAGGGUGUUAGCUAGGAGCGUGAGAAGCCGCUGCACUACUGUGCGUCGCCAUCUUGCAUCUUACAUUCAGUGCUUGCACCAGAUGUUAGAUUAGCAUAACUUAGCCUUUAAAAUGUAGAUGUCGUAGUUUUUAGGAGUAAAGUAGGAUUCUUAGCUUGCAACUAAAUGUUUAGGACCAAACCUAUAACCUAAGGUCCAUCCAUAUGAAAGGAGAAGGGGAAAACGCCACCAGAGCCACAGAGAGACGACACUGUGCUGGGUACUGCCGUGUGGACCGGAGGAGCAUCCAGACUCUGCAGAGAGGCCAAAAAAAAUCCUUUCCAGAGGUUAAAUAAAACGCUCUAGCCGUAGUUCUCUUACUGAAAUCCACCCACUCCAGACUUGUGUAGGUUGCGGGCUCAUUCAUUCCCUCUGAUGGUGUUCUCGUUUGUCUAUGGUUCAGUCGUUCUGAUUAAAAAUCUGUUACCAUAGAGGGAUAUAGAGGUAUAUUUGGUUGCUGUAUUACUCAGGCUAUAUACUCUUAUCCUUUCCUUAUUGGAUAUCAUAUCUUGCUUAAUGUUUUUUUUGUGAUCUCCAAAGUUUCUAAGAACAUCCAAAUUUUUUUUUUCUUUUUUUUUAUCCAGUACCAACUAUUAUGUUUGUAUUGCUUCACUUCUAUAUUUUCU